UCAGUCAUCAGUCACUUUUACUUCGACGCACAUACAAGUUUUUCUUGUACAAGAAUAAAUCACGCUACAUGAAUCUGAUUAAUUUAAAUAAUUCGUGAACAUUGUGCGAUCCCGACUUAUAGUUAUAAUGUGAAUAGUGACUUUAAUAUAUGGAAACUCUGUAAAUAACGAUCAACAUAACCUCUUUCCGGGACAGGAAUUAUCAAUCCUCGUCCCGUACAUUUAUUUAUUUACUACCAAACACACGAAUUACUCAUUAUUUUUGUACAGAAUCAAAUUAAGUAAUUAUACUAAAAAAAUAAAAUGGCAAAUACGGGAGUUUUACCAUUUGUUCGAGGUGUGGAUUUCAGCAGAAAUGAUUUCGGAGAAGGAAAAUUUCCAGAAUCGGUUCGAGCGAUGACUGGAAUACAAUGGUUAAAAUUAGAUAACACAAAUCUAUCCGAAAUUCCAGAGGAAAUGGGAAAAUUACUCAAAUUGGAACAUCUAUCGCUUGUAAGAAAUAAAUUGGAAAAAUUAUUCGGUGAAUUAACAGAGCUGAAUUGCCUCAGAACUUUGAAUAUAAGACAUAAUAAUGUAAAAUCGAGUGGAAUACCCAGUGAAUUGUUCCAUUUGGAGGAACUCACGACUUUAGACAUAAGUCAUAAUAAUUUAAGGGAAGUUCCGGAAGGCUUGGAACGAGCUCGAUCUUUACUGAAUUUAAAUCUAAGUCACAAUCAUAUCGAGGUAAUUCCGAACACAUUAUUUAUUCACUUGACGGAUUUAUUGUUCCUGGAUCUUAGCAAUAAUCAGUUGGAAACACUGCCACCACAAACGAGACGAUUAGCCAAUCUGCAGAGUCUAAAUUUAAAUCACAAUCCUCUCGGUCAUUUUCAACUGAGACUUGUUUCAAAUUUUGUUGCGUCUUCUAGGCAACUUCCGUCGUUGAUGAAUUUGACGACUUUGCAAAUGCGAGACACACAGCGAACACUUCACAAUAUCCCGUCGAAUUUGGAAAGUCUGACGAAUUUGCAGGAAUUAGACCUUUCCCAAAAUUCUUUACCCCGUGUGCCUGAUGCUCUUUACUCGCUUCCGAAUUUGCGACGAUUAAAUUUGAGCGAAAACGAAAUCACCGAACUUUCAUCUGCUAUCGACAUGUGGCAAAAAUUGGAAAAUUUAAACCUUUGUAGAAACAAAUUAACAGCACUUCCGAUUUCUCUUUGCAAGGUUUCAUCUCUCAGGAGAUUGUAUUUAAAUGAUAAUCAAUUAGACUUCAAAGGGAUUCCCUCUGGAAUUGGAAAAUUGUCGGCCCUACAAGUAUUUUCUGCAGCCAAUAAUCAUUUGGAAAUGAUUCCAGAAGGUCUUUGCAGGUGUGGAUCAUUGAAGCAAUUAAUUCUGACGUCGAAUAGACUGAUUACCGUACCAGAUGCGAUUCAUUUACUCACGGAUUUGGAUUGCCUCGAUUUGAGGGACAAUCCGAAUUUAAUAAUGCCGCCAAAACCAACCGAAGUUCAAAAAGGCUCAGGGGUUGAAUUUUAUAAUAUUGAUUUCUCUUUGCAACAUCAACUUCGCCUAGCUGGCGCAAAUAUACCAGCACCGGCUCAAACAGCGAAUAGUAGUAAGGAUCCCAUUGCCCGUAAAUUGAGACUGAGGCGCAGACGGGAUCAAGAAGAAGCUGAUCAGGACCAAGCCAAAAUUUUAAAGGGAAUGAAAGACAUCGCGAAGGAGAAGAAUAAAGAAAAAGGCUUGGAAGAGCUAAAAGUCGAAUCUUUGAAACCGAAAAGAUGGGACGAGGCUUUGGAAAAACCUCCGCUCGAUUAUUCCGAGUUUUUCGACGAAGGUGCUGGUCACAUACCGGGAUUACAAAUCUGGGAAAUCGAAAACUUUUUACCAAACAUGAUAGAAGAAGUGGCACACGGUAAAUUUUACGAGGGAGAUUGUUAUAUUGUUUUGAAGACUAGCUUUGACGAUAGUGGUUCACUCAUGUGGGCCAUUUAUUUCUGGAUUGGAGAAAAAGCUACGUUGGACAAACGAGCUUGUGCAGCAAUACAUGCGGUCAAUCUUCGAAAUUAUCUGGGAGCUCAAUGUCGUACAAUUAGGGAAGAACAGGGCGAUGAAUCGGAUGAAUUUUUAAUGCUUUUCGAUUCGGAGAUUACGUAUAUCGAAGGAGGACGUACCUCUUCUGGAUUUUAUACUGUAGAAGACACUCCGUCAGUGAGAAGACUUUAUCGUGUGCACGCAGCUGGUGCUUCGGUACACAUGGAGCCAGUUGAAGUUUGUGCAGAAUCUCUCGAUCCGGGUUACGUUUUCGUUCUCGAUGUGGGUACAAAAAUAUUCAUGUGGUACGGGAAAAGUUCAAAAAAUACCUUAAAAUCAAAAUCGAGACUAAUGGCAGAAAAAAUCAACAAAAACGAGAGGAAGGGCAAGUCUGAUAUCAUAACUGAAAUGAUGGGAACAGAGUCGGAAGAUUUCUGGAACUGUUUAGGAGUCGAUGAAUCAGAACGACCGGUUACACCAAUUGAACAAGUCGAUCCGAAUUUCGUACCAGUUGUUCCGCGAUUGUAUCAAGUUCAACUCGGAAUGGGCUACUUGGAACUGCCCCAGGUUGAAGUUCCUCAUGGGAAAUUGUCGAAUAAGCUUCUUAAUAAUCGAAAUGUUUAUAUUCUUGAUUGUUAUCUCGACGUCUAUGUUUGGUUUGGAAAAAAGUCUACGAGAUUAGUGCGAGCUGCAGCAGUGAAACUUUCUCAAGAGUUGUUUAAUAUGAUUGACAGGCCUGAUUAUGCGCUGGUUACGCGACUUCAGGAAGGAACUGAAUCACAGAUAUUCAAAUGCAAAUUCGCUGGCUGGGACGAGGUUAUUGCUGUCGAUUUUACUCGUACUGCAGAAUCUGUGGCGAAAACGGGCGCUGACCUCACGAAAUGGGCCAAAAAACAAGAAACUAAGGCUGAUCUUGCUGCCCUUUUUAUGCCUCGACAACCUUCCAUGUCGGCCUUGGAAGCUCAGCAAUUAAUGGCAGAAUGGAAUGAUGAUCUGGAAGCGAUGGAGGCUCUCGUUUUGGAAGGAAAGAAAUUCGUUCGUUUACCUGAAGAGGAACUUGGCCACUUCCACAGUGGAGACUGCUACGUUUUUCUUUGUCGAUAUUGGGUGCCUUUGGACGUGGAAAAUGAAGACGGCGAUGAUCAGUGCGAGGACGAUUUUCAAUGUAUGGUCUACUUCUGGCAAGGCAGAGAUGCCGGAAAUAUGGGAUGGCUCACAUUCACUUUUAGCUUAUUGAAGAAGUUUAAAUCGCUCUUUGGCGACAAACUAGAAGUGGUUCGAACUCAUCAGCAGCAAGAAAAUCUCAAGUUUAUGGCGCAUUUUAAAAGGAAAUUCAUCAUUCACAAUGGAAAACGAAAACAGAAAAUCCCGAAUAAAGUGGAAUUUUAUCAUCUAAGGAGUAACGGCAGUGCCUUGUGCACAAGACUGAUUCAAAUUCCACCCGAUGCCGUUUUACUAAAUUCUGCAUUUUGUUAUAUUCUAAACGUGCCAUUCAAUAACGACGAUGAAACGGGAAUAGUUUACGUCUGGAUUGGAUCAAAAUCAGACCCUGAAGAAGCAAGAUUAGUCGAAACAACUGCUGAAGAAAUGUUUAACAACCCAUGGAUUAGUUUGCAAAUUCUAAACGAAGGUGAAGAACCGGACAACUUUUUCUGGGUCGGUUUGGGAGGAAAGAAACCAUACGAAAACAACGCUGAAUUCAUGCAGUAUACAAGAUUGUUUAGGUGCUCGAAUGAGAAAGGAUAUUUCACGAUUAGUGAAAAAUGCACCGAUUUCUGUCAGGACGACUUGGCAGACGAUGAUAUCAUGAUUCUCGACAACGGAGAACAAGUUUUCCUCUGGCUGGGAACUCGAUGCUCAGAAGUGGAAAUUAAAUUAGCCUAUAAAUCCGCUCAGGUCUACAUACAACAUUUGCGAGUAAAGCAACCGGAGAGACCACGAAAAUUAUUUCUUACCGCCAAAGGUAAGGAAUCGCGUCGCUUCACGAAAUGCUUUCACGGCUGGGGAAUUCAUAAAAGACCACCAGAGUAAUUCAUUAAUGGCCUUAAAUUUUUCCUCAGACUGCCGUUUCGAGAAAUCUCGAAUCUAACUCCUAAUUUAUCAGACAUUGUAAGAUACUGAAGCAACCAUUUUUUAUUAACAUUAUUAACUUAUACUUUUGAAUCAAAUUUAAAUUUGCUAUCUAAGCAAACCACCUUUUUUAUGUAAGAUAGUUUCCAUGUAUAAUCAUGGAUUUAAAAAAUUGUAAUUUUACUGGGUCUUGACGAUCUUUUUAAAUUGAAGAGGUCCAAGAAAAGGCCUUUUUUAUUAAAUACCACCCUUAAAAAGUGUUUUUUAUUUUGUCAAAAUCACCUCUGAUUUUUAGCAGAAUUAAAAAAAAUGAUGGGUACUACCCCAAGUCGGUUUUUGUACCCUAAGUCAGAUUUUGGUACCCCAAGUCAGUUUUUUGCUACCCUAAGUCAGUUAGUGAGUCUCUCAAUAUAAAUAGAUUUUAAAAUACACAAGCAUGGAUUAUUUUAAUUAAAUAAAUAUUUAAUUCACCAAAAAAGACUUGGGCGAGCUCUAAAUGUAUAUUUUUUUUUAGAUUUUUCAAAAAAUUGGGGGUUAUUUUGACUCCAAAAGUAACACUUUGUAGGUGGUUUAAAUAUAUUGUUUAAAAAUACUGCGCUAUUUUUAGUGCGAUUGAGUGUACAAAUAAGUGCCAAUUUUUUUACAAACCGAUACUGAAGAGAUUAGUCCAGUGUUUGUCAGGGUGUGUGUAAUAAAUAUGUGUAUAUACUGUAGAAUAGUGAGUGUUAUUAUUUGCUAAAUAAAUAUCUUAAUGAGAUGA